UCCGGGGCUUCUAUUCCAGUUAGGGCUUUUUUCUUCUCCACUAGUGUGGACUUGAGGAGGUUAACAGAGCAAAAUAAGCAGAAUUUUAUUCCGCCAUCAUCUCGCAUGACUAAUUACGUGGUUUUGAGAUUUGGUGAUUUAAGACUUGAUCCUAAUGUGUCAGGUUCUAGUUUAGGUGGAAGUGACUGCUGUUACAUGGUAGUUUUUCAGUAUGGCUCGAUUGUCCUAUUCAAUGUCCGUGAUCAUGAAAUUGAUGGGUAUCUAAAAAUUGUAGAAAGGCAUGCUUCCGGAUUGCUUCCUGAGAUGAGAAAGGAUGAAUAUGAGGUGCAAGAGAAGCCAACUUUGAAUACCUGGAUGCAAGGUGGGCUUGAUUACAUAAUGCUGCAGUACCUAAAUACUGAUGGGAUCCGUACAAUUGGUAGUGUUCUUGGUCAAAGUAUUGCUCUUGACUACUAUGUUCGUCAGGUUGAUGGAAUGGUUGGGGAAUUUACGGACAUCAACCGGGAGAUGGAGAAAACUGGAACCUUUACAAUGGAACGGAAAAAGCUCUUUCAACUGGUAGGAAAGGCAAACUCCAAUCUUGCAGAUGUAAUUCUAAAGCUGGGACUUUUUGAAAGAUCAGAUAUCGCAUGGAAGGAUGCUAAAUAUGCUCAGAUUUGGGAGUACCUCAGAGAUGAAUUUGAACUCACUCAGAGAUUCGCAAGCCUUGAUUUCAAGUUGAAGUUCGUAGAGCACAAUAUCCGUUUUCUUCAAGAGAUUCUCCAGAACAGGAAAUCUGAUUUCCUUGAAUGGCUGAUUAUAAUCCUAAUUGGUGCUGAAAUCCUUAUAUCCGUCUACGACAUUGCUCAUAAGUCAGCAAUAACAUCUUUAUAGAAGACGCCUCAUAAAUUUUUUAGGAAAUGAACUAGUUUGCAGAAACAGCUUUGACGACUUCAGGUAUAUGAACAACACAUCUUGCUUUGUAUAUACUACUCAACUAUAUGCUCUUAGCAACUCAUCUCAGGAAGUCCUAAUCUGUUUCAAAAUUUUUGACUGGUAUCGCUUCUCUGCCGACUUCUGCAGUAAACAUUCUUGUUUUUUGUAUUCUUUUCUGCCUGUACGGAGAAAGUCGAAUCUUCCCUCCUGGUUGAAGUUCAAGAAUUACGCAUGUUUGCUUCA